UUGUCUACAUGCCUCGGAGAGAGAGAGAGAGAGAGAGAGAGAGUCUCGUGUGUUCUUGAUCUAGGGUUUCUCAUUCAGACCAGACCAAACCUCCAUGCUUAGAACUACGUAGAAUCCAUCCUGUCUCUAUCUCUUCUUCUAGUUAAUUGUGCAAAAACCCAAUCCUUCCGAAACCUGUAUCUAUAUCCCAUAGUUUCAAUUCCCUUUCCAAAUUCUUCUUCCCAAUAAACAACACAGAAUUCAUUUCAAGCGGCACUAUAAAACACACACAAAUACAUAAAGGGGCUUUUGUAUAUAUACGUACAUAUGUGAAAAAUACUACGGAACAUGGAGGGAGGUGGAGAUGCAGAGUAUUCGAAGACGAGUCGGUAUGAAAGAAUAGAGAUUAAUGAAAGUGGAGAAGAAGAAGAAGAAGAGGAAGAAGAAGAAGAAGGGGGAGGAGGGGAGAGUAAGGCUUCAAGCAAUAGCACAGUGGAAGAGAGCGAUAAGAAGCCGAAGGUGCGACCUUACGUGAGAUCUAAGGUUCCAAGACUCCGAUGGACUCCCGAUCUUCAUCUCCGCUUCGUUCAUGCCGUUGACAGACUUGGCGGCCAAGAAAGAGCUACUCCGAAACUGGUUCUUCAGCUGAUGAACAUCAAAGGGCUUAGCAUCGCUCAUGUCAAGAGCCACCUACAGAUGUACAGGAGCAAGAAGACCGAUGACCAAUGUCAAGCCAUGGCUGAGCACAGACAUCUCAUAGAAAGCACCACCGAUCGAAAUAUUUACAACCUAAGUCAGCUUCCUAUGUUUCGAGCCUACAGCCACGACCAUGAUUCUCCUUUCAGAUAUGGAAAUGCUUCAAUGUGGAACUCUAGCUCUCAUGUACCGGACCGGAGUUUGAUAGACCAAUUGAGACCGGGUUUCGUCCGCGGUUCAGUGGUUAACAACUGGGCCAACAACAUGAUGAACAGAUCGUUCCAAAACAUCAGUUCUUCUUUAGUUUCCAGUCAUCUAGGCAUGUUAAGACAAAACCGAACUCAGAUUCUUGAUCAAGAUUCACCAGGAACAUUCAAGAACAUUCAAGAUCAACGUUCAGGAACGAUCAACAAGCUCGAGCUCCACCAUGAUAUUGCUCAAGAAACCGAUAAUAAUGCUUACUAUAACAAGAUGGGUAAACGCAAGGCAAGCGAGAGGAUCGAUCUCGAUCUCGAUCUUUCUUUAAAGCUCGCGAGACAUGAAAAAGCAUCAUUGGACGAGACAGAAAGGGAUCAAACGUUGUCACUGUCAUUGGGUUCGGGUUCGUCUUCGUGGAAACAGAGUAGGACGUUGAAGAAGACAGAUGAAGAAGAUGACAAUGGUACAGCGAAGAGGUUAUUGUCGUCACAUGAACAUGGGAUUGGAAGGGCAAGUACUCUGGAUCUGACUCUAUGAAUUAAUAUUAUAUAAUUAUAUCCGACAAAUUCUAAGUGAGAUCUUGAGGUACUUGCCCGAUCUUUAGAAAUCUGUACGUUGUUAUUUUUAUUUCUGUUUUUGUUAGAAAGGAAACAAAAGGGUCUGGACAUAUAUAACCUUUUUUUUUAUAAUUUUCUUGUUUGUUAGUGUCAAUUUGUACCCAUUACAUUAAUA